AUGGAGGACGUCGCUGAGAUGGAGCGAGACAUGGUUCAGGUUGUGACGGGGUAUGAGCGUCUAUACUAUCAGUACAAGCUCUCCAAGAUCCGUGGCUGCACCACGCAGGUGCAUGGGCUGCUGCACCUGGGCAUGGCCAUGAAGGUCUGCGGCCCGAAUCCGAUAUACCACCAGUACCCAAUGGAGAGGACAUGUGGAACGAUCAAGGCAAUGUGCCACAGCCGUUCGUCUGCUAAUCGUAAUCUUUCAUUGCAGCUGCUUGAGCGGGAGAGGCUCAGGUACCUGCCUUUGAUUGCUUUGGUGCCGCCUGGCUUUAGUGAGACCGCCGAGAGACGUCUGUUUGGACUGGGAGAGAAGGACAAGGUUGCCUAUCCAGCAGAGUACCCGGACUGCCUCUUGAUGGGCCCCAAGAUCUCCCGCCGGUUGAAUCAGUACGAGCGGAACCACCUGAGGCAGUUCCACGCUGACGUGAUAGGUGUGCCAGUGAGGUCGAGAGAGAUUGUUGGGAAUCCAAUGCUGUUCAGCGGCAUAUUCAAGCUCUGGGGUAGGGCAGUUGCGGGAAGAGUUUUGAGCAAUAGCAGCGAGCAUGAGGUGGUAGGAUCGGCCAUCUCCAACCCAAAGCCUGGUGUCUGUUCGUCCCGCAGGGAUGACUCCUGUGUCAGGUACAUAUUGACCGGCGAUGGGGACAACGAUGUCUCAUACUUUGGCAAAGUAAUGUUCUUCAUGCCGUACGAGAUACACAAUGACGAGAGGCUUGAGGACGAGCCAGAGCGUUUCAUGAUGGCCUACAUCCAGCGGUUGGAGGUGGGGAGGGUGAGGAAGCUCAAGUUGGCAUACAUAAUCAACAGACAACAACGGGUCCUCAAGGAGUUUGUUGAUCUGUCCGAUGUACAGGAACUGAUAGGUUGCAUCAAGUCGCGCGGGAAGGAGUUUUUGGUGUCAAGGACGUCGUGCUUCUGGCCAAAGAAGGGUUUUGCUUGGUGGGAAGUUAUUGACAACGAGGCGCUUUUUAUUGGCGCUAACGUGCAGUAA